AUGUGCAUUUGUAAAAAUGAAUUCUCGGGGAUUUUUCACAGCAAUGGAUCAUUAACGAUUCCACAUGCCUCGAACGAAGCACAGGGUACCUAUCAAUGUGUUGCCACGAUCGGGUCCGUGGGUUUGAUGGCAAGUCGGAAAGCUAAAGUUCAAGUUGCGGGUUUGGUUCCCAGCUUGGAAACUCAACCGCAAGAUCUUCGCGUUUUCCCUCAUCAAACGGCACAUUUUAGUUGCAUAAUGAACGGUCCUUUGAAAUAUUCUUUUGUUUGGCUCAAAGAUGAAAAACCCCUUUCGAUGGAUUCUUCGAGAAUGGUUUUAAUGCCAUCUGGUUCUUUGGAAAUAGACGAAGUAGAAUUUUCGGAUCAGGGAAGUUACAGAUGCAACGCUUCCAGUUUAGGAAUAUUUAAAUUGAGUAAUAAAGCCGUAUUGACCAUGGAUACCGAUUUGGGUAUGCAUGCGAGUUCCAACGUCAUGGCACCAAUAUUCAUCACAAAACCAAAAUCUAUGGUCGUUCGAGAGGGAGAAACAAUCGUUUUAGAUUGUGCGGCAAACGGUUAUCCGAGGCCGUGGCUUAUUUGGCUUAAAGAUGGUGUCGCCAUCGACAUGGCCGAGAUAGGAAGUAGAGUUUUCAAACUGGGUAGCGGUAGUUUAAAAAUAGUCAACGUGACGGAAAAAGAUUCUGGAAAUUAUCAGUGCAGAGCGGAAAAUCGAGAGGAUAGCGUUGAUGCUCCCGCCACGAUACACGUUCAAGUUCCGCCGAGAUUUUUAAAAGUACCGGAAGAUACGAUAGCGUACGAAAAACAAGAUGUCGAACUCGUUUGUCAAGCUUACGGAAAACCCGAGCCGAAAAUUCAAUGGUUAAAAAAUGGCGAAGUUAUAACGGACAACGAUUAUCUACAAGUUGUCAACGGGUACAAUCUUAAAAUUCUUGGACUUAUGAAAUUGGAUGCGGGGAUAUUUCAAUGCGUGGCAGUAAAUGCUGCCGGUAACGUACAGGCUGCUGCAAGGCUCACCGUCCUUCAACCAGAAGACAAUCAUCAAGGGUUCGGGAAUAAUAGGGACAAAUCAAAAUCCGACGGAGAAAAAAGAAUUCCUUUCCCUCUAAAAGCAGAUGAAGAUACACUGAGCGAAGACUACGAUGAAUACGAAGAUGACAUGGACGACGACGACUACGAUACCUCAUUAUCUCUGCAUGCUAACCUAACCAAUUCUAUAUCGGGAAAACCUCAAAAAAAAAUUGGUAAUUCAAUUGAAAAAUCUCACGAGUUUAAAACGUAUAAUAAUUUAGGUUCGUCUGACUCUACAGUAACAGAUUCUUCGGGAAUCGGACUGGUGCCUUCUUCACCGCAAGCUGUUGAAGUUAUUUACACGUCCAGCAGAUCGGUGACAUUGAAAGUGGUGCCUCCAACUCACACAAAUGGUGAAAUUACAUCAUAUUCGGUAUUUUUCCGACAGGAAGGAUCUCAAAGGGAACGCGUUUUAAAUACUUCUGGGGUUCGUUCGGAAGAAAUUACUAUUCCCGGAUUACAACCCGAUCGUACCUAUCAUUUUAGAAUAGUCGCUAACAAUGCUCACGGUGCUGGACCGAGCAGCGAGGAUUUGAUUGUAAAAACGGAGACGGAAGUACACGUGCCUAGUGCCCCCCUGGGAAUAAAUGCUUAUGCGACAAGUCCGACUACAAUUAUCGUAGAAUGGAAACCCCCUGCGGUCACCAACGGAGCCAUAUUGAAAUACAAAUUACUUUUUAUAGAAAGUGAUUCUUCCAAUGAAAACCAUAUGUUAACUUCUCAACAGUCCAUUGAAGUCACGGACUUGAAUAAAUUUACUGAAUAUUGUUUUUGGGUCAUUGCAAUGAACGAAAAUGGUAUGGGAAGUGCGAGCGAAGAAGUUGUCACGAGAACUUUGUCGGAUGUACCCUCAGAACCCCCGCAAAACGUUACCGUCGAACCAGGAAGUUCAACUAGCAUUGUGGUAAGAUGGGAACCGCCGUCGAAAGAUGGUCAAAAUGGAAUAAUCACAGGCUACAAGCUCAGGUAUAAAAAACAAAAUCGCCGCGAGAGGGGAGAAAGAGGUUUCACCGUUACUGCUGCCGGAGAUAGGAGAUUGUACGUUUUGUCCGAUUUAGAAAAAGGUUCAUCGUAUCAAGUGAGAAUUUGGGCGAUGAACGUGAAUGGCACGGGACCGCCCACGGACUGGAUAACCGUGGAAACGUUCAAAAAUGAUUUGGAUGAAACUAAGGUUCCCGAUAAGCCGACAAAUGUAAUAGCAAGGCCAAGUUCGGACAGCAUAAGAGUGUCGUGGGGACCACCGAAAGAUCCGAACGUUAUGGUUCGCGGUUACAACAUUGGAUGGGGAAAGGGUUUCCCGUAUACCUUUUCGGAGAUUUUAGAAGGGAAACAACAAAGUUUUAAUAUUAAAAAUUUGGCAAACAGUUCCGAAUACGUCAUAGCUGUAAGAGCGUAUAAUGCAAUGGGCGAUGGUUCACCGGCUUACGUGUCGGUUAGAACUCGCGAAGAACCGCCAAACGAAGAUGAAAUGACCAUAUUACCGCCGGUCGGAUUAAAAGCGAUCGUAUUAUCAUCCUCGAGUGUUAUCCUUCAUUGGACGGAUCCGACAAGAGUCCAAGUUGCCGACGAUAGAACUUAUUCGGUUAAAUACUCGUGGGCUCAUCAUUCGAAUCCCCGGCCUAAAUUUGUCACGACAACAAAUUCAAAUUGCAUGAUAAAUGAUCUCAGACCCAACACGCAAUAUGAAUUUAGCGUUAAACUAUUAAAGGGUCGUCGCGAGAGCAAAUGGUCCAUGGUGGUUUUUAAUACCACAUUCGAAGCCAUACCCUCAUCGGCGCCCAGAGACCUCACCGUUGUGCCUGUGGAAAAAAAUCCAACGCACGUAAAUUUAAAUUGGCAACCUCCCAAGCAAGCCAACGGGUUAAUUACCGGCUACGUAAUUUUUUAUACGACCGAUUACGAAUUACCUGAAAAAGACUGGAUCCCACAAAAUAUAGUCGGUGAUAAACUGACGGCGGUGAUAAAAGGUUUAGAACCGAGCACGACGUAUUAUUUUAAAAUUCAAGCUCGUAACAGCAAAGGAUACGGUCCCCUAUCGACCAAAGUUUCAUUUAAAACUUUCGAUGGAGGUCCGUCGUCCAGCGAUAGCACUCUUUUCGGAAAAGACGGUCGCCCCCUUUCGAAAAUAAUAUACAUUAUUUUAAUAUGUUCUUUCGUCGCCGUUCUUUGCGUUGCUUUGACCAUUGGAAUAAUUUGUUGCAAAAGAGCGAGCGCUCGGAGUCGUAACGCGAGCGGAUACCUGAAGGGUAAUUUAAAACCCAAAACGAGCAUGAAACCUCCAGACCUUUGGAUUCAUCACGAUCAAAUGGAAUUAAAAGCUCUUGAGAAAUCUCAUCACAGCAAUUCCGACAUUGGUCCGAGCAGUUCGGGAUCGCAAAUGAACACGCUCGGAAGAAACGGGUCGGGUCAGACUACGAACGACGUCGUGGAUCAUACAAAUUCGUUAGAUAAAAGAACGUACCUGCCAAGUUACGUCGGAGGUAGCGGUUGCACGGUUGAUCAACAGGAAAAAACAUCAACGAUUAAAAGAACGGUUAUUAAACCCAAACCGAUUUCUUUACCUAUGGAAACUCAACCUAUAGCUCAGCCGGUCAUGACGAAUGGCACGCCUCUCACUCAAAGUCCCGGUUCGGAAUUGGGGCGACCUUUGUAUCCGAGGACUCAAUACAGAGCACAUAUCACCCUCGAUUCAACAACAUCGGGAACGGGUUUGGAAAAUCCGUAUUCCCUUCAAAGCGGAUACGACAGUAUCGGGACUUUGACUCCGACGGCGAGUAUUUUGCCCAAUGCCAACACUUACAGUCAAAAUCCUUUGACAUCCCAAACCGCGAUGCAGCCUUCGUUGGCGUCUUCCAACAUGACUAAUAUCGAUAAUAAUGGAACGCUUGGAAAAAGACAGCAGGGACAUCCCCUGAAAAGCUUCAGCGUUCCUGCUCCGCCACCGCAAUCAGCUCCGAGCACCCCACAGCAAAAACAUGUCGUGAGACCCUUGCAAAGUUCGAGUCCGUACAAAAAAGUUGGACUUCACGGUAUAAUGGGAACUUGUUCUCCUAGUAAUUCUAAGUUGAGAAGUGGCCCAGGUACAAUAGAAGAAACGACGAGGUUGCAGCCUUCAUAUAGCACUGAAGAAUUAAACCAGGAAAUGGCAAACCUGGAAGGACUAAUGAAAGAUCUCAACGCUAUAACAGCAUCAGAAUUCGAAUGCUAA